UUGGAUACUUUUAGAGAGAAUAAGGAUGAUGCUUUAUCUUGAAUUGCUAUCGUCAGCCACUGGCUUGAUUUUAUGCGUCGUUGCCACGGCCUUACCUGGAUUCUUUACUGAAGAGAAUAGCAAAUUAAGCAUCUUUUACGGCAGGAUUUGCAUAUCCGAUAAAUGCUCAACAAGCUCUUACGUAGCUCUUGAUGAGGAACAUAAUACCGAUGGGACGUUUCAACUAUCAAUGAUAGAUGUGCAGAUUGAGAGCCUGUUUGCUAUCGUUUUUGGUGGAGUCGGUUGGUUGAUUCUUUUUUGGAGUUCCAAGAAUGAAGUGUCGAUUCCAUCGAAGUUUGUAACUGCGGGAAUUCUCCUACUUGUGGCAGUUACGUCUGAGUUUGCUGUCUUCAUUCGAUUUAUCGCCAUGAACGCUUCUAGAAUAGCAUCACAAGGAAAAAGCAGUUCCAGCUCUAUUGGGAUUCCGUACUCCCUAAUACUUGCCGGCUUUGGUAUUAUAUUCAUUCUUUUUGCUGUUAUAAGGAGCUUUAUCCUCUAUAUCAGACACGAAGGAGCCACAAAGACUAAUCAACAGAUGGUAGAGGAACCGUGGAGUAGCAUCACUGAAAACAAAUUGUAAAGUUAAACGACAUUAUGUUUAAUGUUGAUACAGGCGCAUAAAUAAUAUAUCACUAUAUAUAUACUACGUGUACUCAUAUAUAACUAUAUCACGUUUACUCCUUUAUACAAUUGUUUUCGGACAUAUUAAGUAUUAUAUCAUUAUCAUAUCAACUCAAAAAUUCUGAUGAUUUUACAAUAGUUUUUGUGUAAAAAUUUAUUCAUAUAUAAGAACAAUGCAAAAAAUGUGAUAGCUGUGUGUAAAACAAGUGAUAAGAAGAAUCUCCCAUGGUUUGUGAUUGGAUAUGAAUUUAUCUCGGCAUCCAACAAACUGUGGGAUAGCAAGACAUACGAGGGUUGUUAGAAAAGUUCGUGGACAAGUUCUAUUGUGAGCGCGCUAUUUGCAUGAAACCAUUUAAACUCAGCAGGUAAAAACUAUACGUAUUUCCAAUGAAUAUGCAAAGAUGAAAUGUAUGGAGAUAACGAACAGUAUUCAAGCUCAAAAGUCCAUUAAACAAUACAAAAUAGGAGCAGAGCAAACACGGACCUAAAACAUCAGAGGUGGGAUCAGGUGCCAUGGAGGAGUGAGCAUCCCCUGCCGACCGGUCACACCCGCCGUGUGCUCCUUGUCAUGGUCGGAAAAUAACGGGAAAAUCUGUCGACAAUUCAGUGUGUAAAUAAUGGCCUAACAAUUAGUAUGAAAAACGUCAGUCAGCAUUUGACUCAAUGAUAAAUUGUAUUUGCUGACAAGGUCAUUGUAUCGACCAUAGAACUUACGAAAUGAUGACUUUAAACGAGACAGCUGAUAUUCUUGUUUCAUCAACUUGUUUGUCAAUAAUUUACCUCGUUUUAGAAAUUGUACAUACGUAGAGCAAUCUCUUGCGUAUCGAAUCAACUGAGAGAUAUAUACCCCGUAUGCAGGUGAUGAAGGUAUAUUGCUGCAUAAGUAAGGGAAGUUGACGAUUGAAAAGUUAAAGUCAUCACGUUUAUCAUAAAGCUUGGUUGUUAGAUUACCAUUAACGUCUUUUUCAAGUAAAAUAUCCAAAUAUGAAACAGAUGUGUCAGAAUCUGUGGUAUCUUGUAUCUCAAGCUCACCAGGAUAUAUCGUAUUGACAUAAGAAUAGAAAUAGCCAAU